CUCGGUCUCGCAAACGCACAAUGGGAUUUAGCACACAUUGAAGAUAAACACCCAACAGCUGUUUGAUUCAGUUACCUCAUUGUUUCCCCCAUUUGUGUGUGAGAUUCGAAACACGCUCCAAAGAGCGAGGAUGUUGGUCCCUGUGGGAAGAUAAUGAAGAGGCUGCGUGUUCUGGUGGUGUCCCUCAUUGUAGCCCUCCUGUGCUGGUACCCCAAUCAUCAUGCCUAUUGUUCAGAGCACAGCUUGUCUGACCCAGGUCAGCUUGCUGGGGACAACGACAACAAAAACAACAACCCUGAUGACCAUAAGCCUGAGCAGGACUCCAUGCAGCUCCAGGUUGAAGACUGGCCGACUCACACCUCCUUUGAUUUGGGACUAGAGGCCAAGAGAGCAGGACACCAUUUACAUCAAGGACAGACUGUGAAUCCACAGGUAGUUGAGGAGGAGGAAGUAUCAAAUUCAGACACAGAGUCUGAUCCUCUACUUGCUGCUCCUGAGCCAGAACCCUCCUCAGAACCCGUGAUUGAGUCAGACCUACGGACUGAAGCACAGAUCCUGGACCAGGAUGGUGACCAGGCAGUUACGGUCUCUUCCACCCUGUCAGAGCCAGUUCCAGCACAGGGCCACAUGUCCAGCGAGACCCCAGACCCCACAGAGCUCCUCGGCGACGAAGCUGCCGCAGAUCAGCGCCCCGACUCUGACCCGGCUGCACCCGCACAUGAUGCCAACGACACACCUACCUCACAGAGUGAUAGUUCGGCUCCUACAGGCGCAGUGCGGGUUGCCAGUGCAGGAGACGAGCCCCCAGCACACAGCUUUGUCUUUGCUGAGCUCUCUGACUCGCAGUGCGGGGUCAUCCCCCCCGAACUGGCAACCUGUGAAAAUUCCCCUUUCGGCAGCCCCCUCCUGAGAGAGGCUGAUAAAGAGCACCUGCAGUCAGACCAGAGCCAGGAUUUGGGUCCUGAAGCAGUGGUUCAGUCCACUUCGGUCUAUGUGGAACAGCAACAGGAGGAGGAACAUGAGAAGCAGCAGGAAGAGGGACGGACUGAGGUGCAGCACGACAACAACGCCUCCUUGCAUCCGCAUCAGGUGGGGGAGGCUGGUAUCAACAGGGAUUCAGAUCCCUCUGUUCCCGGCAAGGAUGACAUCCCAACCUUUGAUGAGUGGAAGAAACAAGUCAUGGAGGUGGAGAAGGAGAAAAGUCAGAAUCUCCACACGGCUGCCAGCGGCAUCGCCCAGCCAGUGAAAAAGGUCCAGAAAAACUUCAAGAAUAACUACGCCUCGGUAGAGUGUGGCGCAAAGAUACUCUCUGCAAACAAUGAGGCCAAGAGCACGUCGGCUAUUCUCAUGGAGAAUAUGGACCUUUACAUGCUGAAUCCCUGCAGCAACAAAAUCUGGUUUGUGAUCGAGCUCUGUGAGCCCAUUCAAGUCAAGCAGCUGGACAUUGCCAACUUUGAACUCUUCUCGUCGACACCUAAAGACUUUGUCGUCUCCCUAAGUGACAGGUACCCCACAAACAAGUGGGUGAAGCUGGGGACGUUCCACGCCCGCGAUGAACGUAUCGUACAGAGCUUUCCACUGGAUGAACAGCUUUAUGCUAAAUAUGUGAAGAUGUUCAUCAAGUACAUUAAGGUUGAGCUGCUUUCCCACUUUGGUUCCGAACACUUCUGUCCCCUCAGUCUCUUCAGGGUGUUUGGUACCAGCAUGGUGGAGGAGUAUGAGGAGAUAGCCGAUUCCCAGUACCCUUCUGAAAGGCUGGACUACCUGGAUGAAGAUUGCGACUAUCCGCCCGGCUAUCAACCAUCAGAAGACAAGGCGUCUAAAAAUCUGCUCGGCUCCGCAACAAAUGCCAUCCUCAACAUGGUCAACAACAUUGCUGCCAACGUGCUCGGCGGUAAACCUGAGCUCGAGGACCAAGCAGGGGCAGAAGGUAACGGAACAGAAGAAGUGUCGACCAACAAGGAGGAGAGCGUGGAGGUUGCGCUUGCGACGCCAGUGAAAAGCCCUCAAGACUCUACUGUUGAGAAACCUGAUGAGCCAGAAGAGCAUACGGCUCCCGAGGAUGCCGGUGUUUCUCCCGCAUCUGUCUCCUCCCUCGACCCCCAGACGGACAGACAGAUUGUUACUCUGGUGGAAGAGGAAGAUGACGAAGAGCCCCAACAGUCCACUGUCACACUGUUGGAGGAGGAGGAAGAGGAGGAGGCACUGGAUAGGGAGAGUUUGGCGUACUGUCCUUUCUUGUCGCUGUCGUGCUUGGCCACGCUACCUGAGCUACUCAGCCGCUGGUGCUCCGCCGUGUUGGCCGAGGAGCGACUCCGCAAACUUCACACCCAGACAUGCCCCGUUGGUAACACCCCCACCCUCACACCUCCACAUAUCCCCAUCCCCGCACCCACACCUUCACAGGAAGCCCUUCCCCUCACUGAAAAAGCCUCAGAGGCCGAGGCGACUCUCACGGGCCAAAAUGACGAUCAACCUUUGGGCGAGUUCCCUGUCACGCCGCAUGUGGACCCCCACGCGCACACUACGCUAUCUGACUUCCAGCUGGAGCCCAGCAGGACAUCCACCCUACACCCGGACAGCUUUUCGGACAUCCACGGUUCCCUGACUCCCACCCAACAGGACACGCUGCUGCCUCCAAUCAAGGACGCCACUCUAAACCCCGUCCCCACUCCGCCUCUCCAGGCCGCCCCAGUACCCGAAACGCAGCGGUUGAGUGCCACCCCACCUGCAUUGUCGGUGAGCCCCUUGCUACAGCUUCCCACACCGGAGUCAGACGCUCCGGAUGCUGCCCUCCCCACCCCUAAGGAACAGGACCUUCCGACUGUGUCACGCCCCGAAGACCUCAUCCCCCCUCCCACGGAGCAGCUGACAGUUCUCCCCUUAACGGACCCUGACGCAGUUAGCAACCUGCAAAAAUCCAACACCCCUCUAGAAGACCAUGGGGACCCUCCGGUGGGUGAACCUCACCGGGCGAUGGACACCGCGGAUGACGACCUGUUAAAUGGCAACACGCACCGGGCAGCUACUGAUUUCUAUGCCGAGCUGCAGAACGCCGGGGACUACAACGGCGGCCCUGCAGGCGGCGGCGGCACGGCAGGCGCCAAUGGCGCGGCAGUGCACGGCUCCAGCCAGAAGGAGAGUGUCUUCAUGCGGCUCAACAACAGGAUCAAAGCACUGGAGAUGAACAUGAGUCUGUCUGGCAGAUACCUGGAGGAGCUUAGCCAGAGAUACCGCAAACAGAUGGAGGAAAUGCAGAAGGCGUUCAACAAGACUGUCGUCAAACUGCAGAACACCUCGCGCAUCGCUGAGGAGCAGGACCAGAAGCAGCAGGACUCCAUCCAGGUUCUGCAGAGUCAACUGGAGAACGUCACCAAAUUGAUGCUCAAUCUCACCGCUACUCUCGGACAGCUUCAGAAAGAGGUAUCCGACCGUCAGAGCUACCUGGCGGUCUCUCUGGUGCUGUGCGUGUCCCUGGGCCUGCUCGUGUGCCUGCAGUGCUGCCGCAACUCCUGCGCUACCCCCAGGGCGGACGCCGCCUCCGCCGCAGUCGCGGUGCCCAAGAGCAACCACUACCCCAGCCCCAAGAGGUGCUUCUCCUCCUACGACGACAUGAGCCUGAAGCGCAGGGUGAUGUGUCCGCUUGUGCGUUCAAAGUCCUUCCACCUGUCUUCUACAGAAGUUGGUCCAGAUGACUUGUACAUUGUAGAGCCUCUAAGAUUUUCUCCAGAGAAAAAGAAAAAACGCUGUAAAACAAAACCUUUGGAGAAAGUGGAAACUGUGAUGCCGUCGGCCCCUUUAGCUCCCCUCACCAACGGUGACAUCAAGUGCAACGGCUUCCACCCAUGCCUUCCCCCUCCGCUCCCCGUCCUUCCACUUUCCCCUCACCUCCCACCACCGCUACCUCCUCCUCCUCCUCCUCCCCCCACACCAUCUCCUGCUGAGGAAGCCCCACCGUUACCCCCGUACUCCUCAAGGGAAUCCCCCUCAGAGACCAGCAGCACCAGCUCGUCCACCCACUCCGAGGAGUCGUUCGCCGGGCGACUGCCGCCUCCCUCGCCCGUUUUCUCCUGCGCCGAGCUGCCCCCUGCAGCGCCCCUUCAGCCCGCUCGGCCGCCGCCCGGCCCCCCCGCCAAGUCCCGGCAGGAGAGGCGCUCCACCAAGCGGCGGAGGUUACGGCAGACUGAGCUGGCGGAGGGGCGCGUGGCCUCGCUACCCGGCCUGCGGCAGCUCAUGAAGCACAGCAAGGAGCUCGGCGUGGGCACAAUCAGGGUGACGGCAGUCAGCGGACAAGUCUGAAACGCUUCAUCCCAAAGAAACCCCAUUUCCCUUCAUUCACGCCCGUCAAAAGACCUUUUAAAUGGUUACGUGCCUUGAUGACCCCUUUUAAUCGGUGUUCAAAACACACAAAUGUUUGCGAGGACAAGUCCAUGUGAAUCGUGCAUCCACAAAGUAUUCAAAGCAUGUGUCAUAGUGAGAGAACUGAGUUACAAAAUACAUCUUUUAUUCUUCUUUGUUUUGUGUGUGUGUGUCUGUGUCCUCUCAUCCUUUAUGGCUUGCCAUUAUGACUCCCGGGACCACCAUCUUUGUUUAAUUGAUUCCUUCUCAGCUCUUGUUAGUUUAUUCCCUCAGCAGCCUGAUGAAGAAAACGCUGAACUUUGUAAUUUCCUGACUCACCUUUUAAACACUAAGUGCAGCAGCAGCAGCAUCAUACACAUGACUUUUUCUGCAAAAGCUUUUCACUUUUUUGAAAAAAUAUAGAAAUUCAUUAUUGUAAGUAAAGUGUAAGUAAAAAAAACAAUGUGAAACAAAUCCUAUGGGCAAAAACUGAUUUGUACAACUUUUUCUAGAAAAUGUUUUUCUUUUCAACAAUGUACGACUAUUUUCUCAACAAUACAUUUUUUUCCCUUAAAUUUUUAUUCAAAUAUAAUUUCUCAUACAUGUGACUGUCUUUCCUGUUACUGAGCCAACCUGGCUGAAAGUCCGAAAGAGUAGUUUUAUUUAUCUAUUUAUUUAUUUUUGCACACUGGCAGGCCAGUCUCAGUAGUAGAAAUAAGAACGAGAGCCAAGUAAUACUUGCAAAUACACUCACGGGUACUGACGCAGAGCGCAUAACUCUCUUAUUUCACAUUAUUAUUAUGAAUGAAUGAAAUGGCUUGAUCACUGCUGCUGCUGCUUUCUGAUCGGUGGAAAACUGGCUUGCACUAAUUAUUCACGGCUUUUUUUUUAUUAUUAUUUUUUUUUGUCUGCUGUGUGCGAUGGCGUCCUGUCUAUUUGCUCAUUUUUAAAGGAUUUUCUUCAUGCAUUUUAAAGUGUUUUCUGAUAGGCUCUGAGUGGUUUAUCUUGACAGAGCCAGGGAGCCCUGACUCACCCCUCUUUUCUUAACCCACUUUUUUUUUUUUUUUUUUUUGCACAAUUUUCCCAACUGUGAAGGAGUUUAACAUUGUAUCAUAUGAGCUUUGUGAGUCUGCAUCUUUGUGUGUGUCCUCUUUUGUUCUCUCACUGAAAGGUUGCGUGGCUUUUGUUUAAAAGGGAAACACAGGCAAAGAUGGUUGUAUGGAACACUGUUCAUGUCAAGGUAUUUGUCUUUUAAAUCCUGUUUUUUUGUUUGUUUGUUUGUGUGUGUGUGUGUGUGCUCGUGAGAUUACUUUUUUCCCCUCAUGUUACAAGAGACUACUUUGAUUAAACUUAACAGUGAGACAGUGUGCACUUUUCAAUGACUCCUCAUGCCUUGUUUUUUCUUUUUUUUGUACUUUUUGAAGCUUUCAUGUGUCGGUCUCCUUCACAUUCUCUCUGUGAUUCCUCUGAAAAGCUGCACAGUAUUUUUUAUUUUAUUUUUUGAGCAGGAGUGAGUUACUACAAAAGCUGUAGUGCCAUUAGAAACUGUGAAUUUCUAAAUAAAACCUUUU